GUUGGACCAUGGCUGCUUCGUCCGUUGCUGGUUGUUGCCGUUCAUUUUGCGAAAUGAUGCGAAUUAUAUGGUCCGAAUGGUGUACUUUACUACUGGUAGAACUCUAGUGGACGCUGGAUAGGUGCUGUGGACAGUGAUAUCGGAAUUCGGAACUACUUUUGCCCGCUGCGCAUGUAAUCUGGAACUGUGCCGCAGACGGAGGUUUCGUGACCAGAAGAAAGGAGGAGGACAAAUUGGUGGAGGAGGGCAGUGAAUGCGGGAAGAACUCAGCAGCACGGGAUGGUUUCGACUCGAGGAGUGAAAUUCAAGUUCUCUGAAGGCGAGAAGGUCUUGUGUUAUGAACCAGAUUCGUCGAAGGCUAAGGUCCUGUAUGACUCUAAAGUGCUUGAGCUGGUGGUUGACAAAGACAGCCGUGGUCGCAAAGUUGCAGAAUAUCUGAUUCACUUCAGUGGAUGGAACAGCAGCUGGGACCGAUGCGUAGCAGAAGAAUUCAUUCUUCCCGAUAACCCCGAGAAUCGAAAGCUUCAGAAGAGGCUCGCGGAGGAGGCCGCACAGAAACUGUUGCAAGCGGGAAAAGCUAAACGGCGCAAAGUCCCGGCCAUUUUGAAAGAAAGCAUCAACAAGAAACUCAACGAGAAACGACAGCGACAAAACGAGAAGAAAGAAAAGGAAAGGGCAGAGUCGACUACCACAACUGAAGACUCCUCCUCGUCCGAGUCACAACAGAGUUCGGAGCAGGACGACAACGAAGCUGGUGAGGACGGUGAAGGAAAAGAUGAUGAUGAACAGGAGGAAGAGGAGGAGGAAGAAGAGGAAGAGUCAGAAGAAGAAGAAGAAGUUGCAGCUGAGGGAACUUUCUGCCUCGAUGUGCCCCAACUUCUGAAGGAGAAGCUUGAAGACGACUGCUACUACGUGACCUGCAAAAAGAAGCUUUUGCAGCUCCCAUGCAAGCCCAACGUGCUUGAUGUCCUGGAGGCCUACGUAAGGCAUUACGCCACGUACCUGCACCUACGCGUUGCCACGUCAAAGCCUCAGGACACAAAGUCAUCUUCAAAUCAGCUGCCUAUUGACAUAGCCCACACAAGGUUGGACCUGUGCAAGGAAAUGGUCGAUGGCCUCCGCAUCCUCUUCGACCACGCCCUUCCGGAACUGUUGCUCUACUCAUCGGAGAGGAAGCAGUACGAGAUAAUCGUCCUAUCUCACAAAUCCAAGAGCCACGAUACACCUGCAGAGAAAGAGAACAAGAAAGAGCAGGCACCCGCACAGCAGAGGGACGUCGGGAGCCACCGUAGCAGGUCGCGGCUGACCUCCCAGAACGGCAGCAGCGGGACAGAUGACUCGUCACCUGUGCGGAGGGGAUCGAGAAGCCCAUCAGAAAGAAGAGCCCUCCGUUCCGCCGACAAAACGGUUGAGUCCGCUGAGGAGAAUGUUACGGAGAAGAAACCGUCUGCUACGGAACGGAAGCCCUCUGCUGUGGAACGAAAGCCGUCGGCGACAUCGGAUAUGGAACGGAAGCCGCCUAUGAAGUCGACUACUGAACGGAAACUGUCCAUGACAUCGACUACUGAACGGAAGUCGUCUGUGACGCCCGCCCCGGAACGGAAACAGUCUGCCACAUCAGCACCGGAGCGAAGGACGUCUUCUUCAACGUCUGCUUCAGAGCGGAAGUCAUCCCUAGCUUCGGCUCCAGAACAGGUGCCCAAUGCUGCACGACACUCUUCAUCAGAAGAUGGUCCAGCAAACGGAGCUGCUGGGUCGCUGCUAGAUCGAAGAUGGAGAUUAUUACCGGCGGAAGAGCACGAGAAGGCUAUAGCGUCAAGAGCACCAUCCUCGGUGUAUGGAGCCGUCCACUUGCUCCGUCUCUUUGUGAAGCUUCCGGACCUGCUGUCCAGAAUGGGAAUGUCAGAGAAAAAGCUGGAACACUUGAGAGCACAUCUCACAAGGUUGCUUGAACACUUGGCUGAGCGUCACGAAGAGUUGUUCUCACCGUCCGCUUACCAGAGUGCUCACAGGGUGAUGGCUGAACUGGAGAGCUAAUCGAAUGAUGCAGUUUUCUCUGGUGCAAAUUUGUAUUGGUGAACUCAACAAUGUGGUGUUUGCCACUCCUUCCUAGAACAUGCUCUUAAUUUGUAAAUGAAAAUGUCACGUUUCUGAUGAGGGAUUCAUACCUGUGUUGUGUAAAUAAAAUGCGUGUAAUGUCUUGUGCAUAAACUUUACGAUUGUUUUGUUA